AUGGUGGCGGAGGAGGAGGGGCAGAUGGCGCUGGAGGUUGAAGGAGACGUAUUCAAGGGCCCUGGUGAAAGCACGCCGCACGGCUUGCUGGAGGAGAGCCGAGCGGCGAUGGAGGACCUUGCCACGAAGAUGCUCUUUGUCAAGAAGGAAGGGCUCCCAAAGUCCGAGCUCCGGGAACUUGUCACUCAGAUGUCUCUCAUCUUCAUCACUCUCCGGCAGGUAUCCAACGGUCUCCGGUCCCGUCCUUCUGGGUUAGGGCUUUUGGUUUGCUUGUAUGGUAUUUGGUGUGUUCGUUUAUUUUGUUUUUCAUUUUGGGCGAUAUUCUUCAUUCGACGUGGGGUUUCUCUCAGGUAAACCGUUCAAUUCUGCUAGAGGAAGACCGAGUGAAAGAUGAAACAGAGAAUGCAAAGGCGCCAGUGGACUUUACGACCCUACAACUGCACAAUCUGACAUACGAAAAGAAUCAUUACUUGAAGGCAAUCAAAGCCUGCAAGGACUUUCGGUCAAAGCACCCCAUCAUUGAGCUCGCGUCUGAGGAGGAGUUCUUCAGGGAAGCUCCAGAUGAUAUCAAAGGGGGUGUGCUGUCCAGUGACGGAGCACAGGAUCUGAUGCUAAAGAGGUUGAACUAUGAGCUCCAUCAGGUAUGCGUAAUGAAAUGGAAUAUAAUGCCCGAAACUUAGAGGGGAUUUAUCUUCUUUUGUGUAAGCAGUUAGCUCGCUUCACUGUCUUUUACACUGGUGAAUUGGUUCAUAUGUCUGAGCUAAGAAAAAAAAACUGGCCUUAGCUGUCACUUCUUUGCCAUCACAUAUCCAUCUCAUUUACUUGGUCAUCAGUUUUCCUUAGUGUUUAAGAUUUCCUCAGAUUGUCUUGAUUUGUUGUAGUAUGACAUUGGAAAACUCUCGAGCUAGUGCAAAUGGGAUCACAAGUUCUCACGAUUUUGUUGUAACAUCUUAAUUUGAUAUACAGCUUUCAUAUUUGAAUACUUUUCUGCAUCAUGAUGGGCCAGAGCCAAAUUUAUCAACCGUUGGUCAGUCGUAUACCACUGUCACUUUCUUUUCUAGUUAACAUUGUUCUUAGUAGGCCAACCUAGUCUUGUCAAUGAUUGAGGGAAAUCUGCUAGACUGCGAUAAUAAAAUUCUUGGAAUUUAUUCAUAUCAUUAAAUGGAAAAUUCCUAUAAGUUAUUGGGAAUUCUUCAAAUAACCAAAAAUAUUGUAGGAACACUGUUUUCAGGAAGAGAGAACUAAAGAAAACUAUAAAAGAUGACAUGAUCUUAGAUAUUGCCAAAGUAUUUCUGCUGUUGACCUAGUCUUCUGUGACUGCAUGGUGAAGAUUGAAUACGGUAUGACAGGAGAUAAGAAAUAUGAGAACCCGAGUGGAUGGGUUCUGUCAAAAGAGAAGGCAUCUCAACUUUAAUUAUAGUGGUCCUAGGGUUGCUCAAAUCAGCUUAUGUAGAGGCUGUAGGAUUUACUUUAUUGGCUUAUUAUUUAUCUAUUUCUGUUUGAGUGUUAAUCUAUAUGUAGUUAAUGGCAUUUGUCUGCACAGUAGAACUGUUUCUUGCGCUGAAACCCUGCGAACCGAAUUGAAAAAAUAUGUAUUUUGAUGUGCUGUCUUGUACUUUGACGCAUAAUAAACUUGUCUUUAGUAUUUCUGUCGCUGAGACGUAGAUGGCUGUUGAGAGACUAGUUUAACUAUUAUGUUGAAUGACUUCGCUAAUUGCUUAAAUAUUUUUCCUCGGACAAUUUGUUGUUACUUUCAUCAGUUUUUUUUACUUUUGAUAUGGAUAACUAUUAACGGAGUGCUUUGAUCAGUGUGAUGAAUGACGUCUUAAAACGCUAUAUGAUGAGUGGGGAAACUCUUUAAAGUAGCGUGUUAUUUUACAUUGUUCGUCUAAUUUUUGAUUAAUUUUUGAGGUAUUUUCUUGGAUCAGAGAAAAGAACUUUGUAAACUUCGUGAGAAAUUGGAGCAGCGCAAGAAGGGUCUUCUUGAGAUAAUUUCAAAUCGAAAGAAGUUCUUAUCAAGUCUUCCUUCCCAUUUAAAAGCAUUGAAGAAGGCAUCAUUACCAGUGCAACAACAGUUUGGGAUCCUCCAUACUAAAAAGUCAAAGCAGAACUCUGCAGCUGAGUUAUUACCACCACCUCUCUAUAUAGUAUACUCACAGUUGUUAUCUCAAAAAGAGGCCUUUGGAGAGAGCAUUGAACUUGAAAUAUUAGGUAGCAUCAAGGAGGCUCAAACUUUCGCCCAACAGCAAGCAAGCAAAGAUACGGGUAACCUACUCAUUUGUUGAAACCUAUGUAGUUUUUGAGAUUAUCCAGUGUUAUCAUAUCUAUUGCGUUGUCUUCUUUUUUCCUUCCUCUUCUCAUCAAGGAAACUGAAUAUGCUUCCUAGAUCCUAAAUUCAAGCGCUUUGUGACGUGUAGAAUUUUGUUGAAUUGGCAUUCAUCAUUGUCUGGCUCCAUGUUGAUGCAUUGAGGAAAUCUUCGGUGUUGUGAAUUAUAUUAUCUCUUCCUAUACAUUAGAUCAUGUGUUUUAUUGAUCGUGAAAAGCUUGAGAUUUUGGGUUUCAUAUUUUUUUAAUAAUAAAAUGUGCUUGCAGCUACUUUUCAAAAUAAAACAUUUACAAGCCGGUGUGGCCACAGAUUUAUUCCUGGGUUUCUUCAUUGAUCAGCAAUUAAAAGCCACACUAAAUCCCGUAAUGUUUGCUCCUAGAAUAUGAUGCCCUUGUGACAAUAUAUUGGACUGCUUUGAAAACAGGUCUGCAAUAUUACUUGAUGCCUCAUGGCUCCCCUGGUCACAAAGGACAGUUCCCUGUCGUUAGAUGGAUGUGGUUUCUGAUUAUGUUCCAAUUAUAAUUUCAAUGCCUGAAUUUCCAUGUGUUCAAGAACUGUGCUUUAACCUGUUUAAAUUGUCCUUUGCGGUAUUUUAAUCUGUUUAUGCGUAGUGUACAAAUGCUAGAGGGAAAACACAUGAAAGCAUUUGAUCCAAGUGUCAGCUCUCUUGUCGAUUGCAUUGCGAACAAGUAUCCAAACUUUUUAUUAUUUUGGGAUCUGUUGAUGGAUGUAGAACCAUUCUAAAGAUCAUGGUCUGACUCCAGUCUUGAAUGGGACUUCAAGUGUGUGCAAUGAUCUUUCUCCUUCAAAAGUGUUUUAUUUUUUCUUUUUUUGGUCCCAUUGACACCGAUAGGAUUUAAAUUAUACGUACCAGGGUGACGAAAAACUUAUUCUUUGUCGUUGGAGUUCUCUAAAUCUUCAUUCAUUUACUUUUUCUCUUUUAUUUUUCUUUUUUCCCCUUAAAUUCUUCUCUUUCGUUACGCAAGUUGGUGUGCAAGUUUGAAAAUAGUCUUUGUCUGUUACUUGCAUCCGGUUCUUAAUGUUGGAUAGAGCACUUCUGGUGUUCCUGUCUUUUUCAUUUAUUUCCGAAAAUAGUAAGUGUGCCUACAUGAGUUGGCGUUAUGGAGAUAAUAACAGUUUUUUGAGGUAGUUUCCGAUGGUAGGUUUGACUUUUCUAAUGUCUGAUGCAAGCUUAUGGUAGCUAUGAAACCUCUAGGAAGGUGGGAUGGGCAGACAUUUGAUGGGAUGAGUGGGAGGAGGGAAGGGGAUGUCUCAAAUCCCUUUCUUUCCAAGGUUUAGUUGAAUAACAGCUUUGAGAUAAGAGUUUUUCUGAUCAUCUGCCCCUCUCUCUCUUUGAAAAAAUUCUUCAGCCCCCUCCUCUGCACGUCUCCCUUUCAUUUAAUAAUGUAGUCACCAAGUUAUACCUGCACAGAAAAUGAUGAAAAAGGAAACGUCAGUCUUUGAGUUUGUUGAUGUGUCUCACAGCUCAAAUCUUUUUCACAAGAAAAUCUUGAUGUUGACAACUGUUUAUCAGGUGUUUUCAUUUCAUUCGUAGUUUGGUUAUGUAGAUUUUUGUGUUCCCAGUGAUAGGAAUUACGACGUCUUUUCCAGUAAAAACGUGAAUCUGGCGUAUGUUGGACUCAGAAUAUUAUGUGCAGCACAAUACACAAGCAUAAUCGGAACCUUCAAUUAAUUGAACCUAAUGUUGGAGAAUGAGGUGUUCGCAUGUGAUCUCAUGUCUAACAUGAUAGGCAACUUUUAUGGCUAUUCUCUCUGUCUUUUGCAUAAGAUCAUUUUGUGCACUGUAAGCUGAGCACCGAACGAAUCUUCAUCAGAUUGGAGUGCAGAAAUGGAUAACUGUCGAGUGACAAGAUCUAUCGGAGUGGUCUGGAUUUAUGUUGUGUCCUACGGACAGAUACUUACUGAGGAAUGGUGAAUGAAUCUUUGUUAGCAUUUAUGGCAUGUAUUAUGCGAGUCAUGAUUUUCAGUUCUCGUUAAGAAAUCAGUUUCUGAUGUCGGAUAUGUCUAUUACCUAGAGUGCUGGUCACGUGGGAGAGUAAGGGGAGAAACCACAUAUGAAUCACAUGAUAGGUUGAAUGCAGGAAAUGGCUCAUUGUUGUCAGAAUUAUAUAUAAUACAAAUGUUAACAUUCAAAACAAGUUAAGAGCUAAUUUAUGGGUCACCUGAUGGCACUAAUGUUGGCAGUCAUUUUUUUAUUGUUUUCACUGGUGGGCAUCUGUUUUAGUGCUGGGAAAUAUCUAUACACUGCUGUAAUAUUGGAAUUUUGUGUCAUAUCACAGGUACAACAGCCCGUAUAGAGGCCAGCAAGUUGGAUGAUGAUGUGCCUGAUGAUGAGGAUGAAGGUCAGAGGAGAAGGAAAAGGCCGAAGAAGCCCGUAGUCAAGGAUAGCGUUGACAACUCAGGAAUUUACCAAUCUCAUCCACUUAAUAUUGUCCUUCACGUUUUUGAUGACGAAUCUUCUGGCACCAAACCUUUGAAACUGCUAUCUCUGAGGUUUGAGUUCUUGGUAAAGUUGAGUGUGGUGUGCGUUGGAAUUGAGGGCCCAGAUCAAGGACCAGAGAACAUUUUGUGUAAUUUAUUUCCUGAUGACAUUGGAAUCGAGCUUCCUCACCAGGUACGUUCAUCUUCCCUCUUCCUAGCCUAUGCGAUUUGACUAUUUGAUUUGUUCUAGUUGUCUAUGAUUCGUGGUUUGAGGAUUCUUUUGAAGUUCUAGAAACUUGUGACCUUUGAUGGAAUUACUGUGUUGAACUUAACCGGACCAUAAUCCUGGUAUUUUUUUUAAAGUAAGAAAUGAUAAAGAGUAACCUCGCCUCAUAUUAAGUUUCUUGCGACUCUGAUGCUAUUUUGAUUUUAGGUUUCAGCUUCUUUUGAGGUUUGGCCUUGUUGUCAUCCCUAUGUAUAUUUGAUGUAAUUAUAGUGGCUCUUCAUGUCAAAAUCGAUUUUUUGUACAUUUGUCAUUUGUUUAUCUGCGUUUUGGUACUUGCUUUGAAAGGCAUAGUGAACAUAAUAUAUUAUUCAUCAUUCUUGUUUGGACGACCAUUUUGGGGUUUUCAAUGUAACUUAUGAAAAAUGAAAUGUAUUUUUCUUCAUUAUUUCACACUUUUGUUCAUUUGACAGAAUCUUUGAGCUUUGCCUCUCCGAAAGUCCCAUGAUUGUCGUUAUCUUUUGAUGCAUAGUUGCUCAAGGGAUGAUGUAAUCCAUAGUUCGUGGACAGGCUUUUAAUCCCGCUCAAUCAGUUCAAGUAGUUUGGGUUGCUUUUACAUGCUUGAAAUCUCAAGUCAGUUCAAAUGGUUUUUUAUAUUUCUGAUGCCAAUUAUGAUCAACAUAGUUGGAUGAUUAGAAAAUGUUUUUGUGAAUGCAUUAUUUUGAUAGAUGUUUUAAUGUGCAUUUGUUUGACCAAGAGCAUAAAUUUGAACUGGAUUGAUCUCAUCUGGUUCUUUUGCUCCUCUACUUCCUGGGAAUCAAUGUGAUGCCUGGUUUCGAAUUUUUAGUUCAACCGUAGCAGAAACACAUAAAAUGUUGUGUAUUUAAAAUGAUAAAAGGAUUUGUUCUCCCAUGUUUAUCAUCACCCACUUUCUCAAUUCUGAGCAAUAAUGGCAUCAGCAUAGCUCCUGAUCAUGCACCUGCUACUUAGCAUCUUCCUCCCAGAGCAUCUUCCAUGGAGCCUGAGACUCAUUUGAAAGAUGCAGGGACGAUGCUGGUGUCCAUGGCAAGAUAAUCUCUUAGAUUUCUCUGCUAGACCAAGAAAGAUGCCAUUUGUCUCAGUUGGAUAGCAUAUCAUCAUAAAAAAUACUUAGCCUUUCAGAUGUUAUUCUCUCAAUUUUUAGUACCAGUAAGUUCUCAUUAAAGAGGAACACAUAGCAUAAGCUUCUCUUAAUUUAUCUGCACCUUGAAAAGGUAAUGUUGUUGUUUCCAUUUAUGGGAAUGUAAUUGUUUGCUUUUCUGAUUAGAAACGUUUUGGGUCUCUUGCAGACUGCAAAGGUUUAUGCUGGGGACUCUAUACUCUUUGACAAGAGAAAUUUACGUCCUUAUAAGUGGGCGCAGCAUUUGGGUGGCAUGGAUAUUCUGCCGGAGUUAUCUCCUCUGCUUGAAGUGACAAAAGGGGGCUCUGCACCUUCUGGGCUGGCGCUCUACCGUCAUCAGAAUCGCGUGCAGACAUUUCUGCAGAGGAUCCGAUCCCGGAAGAAAGCACAGAUGGCUCUUGAGUGAGUCGCUGCUCAAUGAAAUUCUCAGAUCUUGCAACGCAAAGAGUAGGAAGAAUUGGGGGGGGGGGGGGAUUUUCGGAAAUGUACCAUCCACCAGCAGAUGUUUGCUCUCUGCAUCUCCACUCUGCUUUCUGCAUUGUUCUUUCUGUUCUUAGUACAAUCUCUGCGGGAAUUUUUACUGUGUCAUAAUCAAGGGUUAAUAUUUCAUAAAGUUGAACCAGUAGGGUUAAUAUCUUCCGAUUUCCAAUCUAUGCAAGGGUCUCAAUGGAGAUGCCCUGGUUAUACUUCUAUCUUGAAGGUCUGCAUUCUUUCUUCUUUGACUUGCAGGAAGCAGCUUGAAUCCCUGGCAAGGUUGAAGUGGCCUCCCCUCUCCUGUGGCGAUGCUGUUCCAUGGGCUCUGCAUUCUCCGGCCUGCACUCUGGAGCAAUGGUCACUCAUAAGGUCAGCAGCAGACGCAGCCUCUCCUCCUCAGACAGCAGACUCCUCGGAACUUGCUUCAGAGGGGAGAUCCAUCAGGGAGGAGGUGGAGAGCGCGAGGGAAGAUGGAGAGCUCCCAUCAGUCAUGCAGCUCUCAGAGGACCUGAAGCUCUCUUCUCUGAAGGCAUCUGUGGAACUCAAGGAGCACUCCCGAAGCUUGGCGCUUAUGUCGAAGAGCUCAACGCUGUCAAGUUUGGGUAAGUCCCCCAGUUUCAGGAGGUAUGAUGAUGGCGUAGACCUGAUGGUGGACAGCGAGAGCGAGACAGAGCAGCAGGCCCCACUGGUUCUUGAUCCGGAGGAGAAUUCACGUGUGCCCUGGGAGGAGUAUGCGGCCAGAGAGUUCCUCAUGGUGCUCUGCAGGGUGGCUGGUGGGGAGAAGACAAAGCUGGAGGCGAAGGUAGCAGCACCUCGAUCUUAGACUGCUUCUCCAUUCUAAAUUCUUUGCUCUUAAUGACCCAUCAAUAACAUCCAUCCUAUGAACAACAACAACAACAACAGGUUGAGAUUAGCGUGGAGUACCCUCUGAGGCCGCCUCAUUUCAGACUGAGCAUGGGGGUUGACUCCUCUUCAGCAGAUGAGAGGAGCAGCGCCGAGUGGUUCAACGAACUCCGUGCAAUGGAGGCUGAGGUAUCUACCCCCCCAGCUCCUUGUUUUGGAAGAAUCUAGCCGUUGACUUCUUUUUCGAGAUAUGGGUGGCGAGAUUUCAUGUCAACCUUUCUAUGUAUAGUAAUCUUUUUAGAAACAGAAAAGACUAAUGAGUAAAAAAAGUUUUUUUUGGGAGUGUGAGAUUUUAAGUCAACGGUUCUUUUUUUUUUCCCUCGAAUUUUCACUCUUUAUAAUAAAAAAUGGGAUGUUUCCAUGGUGUGCUGGUUCCAGGUAAAUCUGCACAUCCUGAACAUGGUGCCGUGGGAGUGGGACGAGGAGAUCUUGUCCCACCAGGUCCGCUGCCUGGUCAUGCUCUUUGACCUGCAGAUUGAGCGGCGACAGACGACGACCCCACUCACCCAGAGGAGCAUGUCGAUCAUUGACAUCGGUCUCUGCAAGCCUGUCACAGGGUCAAUGCUAGCAAGGUCUUCCAGGGGGAGGGACCGCAGGAAGAUGCUCUCCUGGAAGAGCAUGGAGUGCGCCGCCCCUGGCUACCCCUAUUGA